GAAUUUAUUAAUUAAUUAAAUAAAAAUUAUUAAAACAAUGUGGGGCGAUACAAUUUUAAUUGUGUUUAUUUCAAUUUGUACAGCGUUUUUGGGUGAAGGUCUUACAUGGGUUCUAGUCUAUCGCACGGAAAAAUAUCAAAAGCUAAAGGGUGAAGUGGAAAAGCAAAGUAAAAAAUUGGAACGACGCAAAGAAAUCCAUGGCGAAUCGUUGGACAAACAUCAAAAGAAAAAAAUCGAACGUGAUGAGGAGAAAUUGAAGAACAAUAACCGAGAUUUGUCUUUGGUAAAAAUGAAAUCGAUGUUUGCAACAGGUUUUGCCUUUACAGCUCUAUUGAGCAUGUUCAAUAGCAUCUUUGAUGGUCGUGUGGUUGCCCAAUUACCCUUUACACCCAUUUCAUGGAUUCAAGGCCUAAGUCAUCGCAAUCUGUCCGGUGAUGAUUACACCGAUUGUUCAUUUAUUUUCCUUUAUAUCCUGUGCACAAUGUCCAUUCGCCAGAAUAUACAAAAGCUAUUGGGCUUUGCACCAUCCAGAGCGGCCAGCAAGCAGGGUGGUGGGCUAUUUGGACCAGCUCCAGGACAAUUUAAAUGA